AUGGGGUUGUUAUGCCUGGAAGGUAAACAGAGCGAGUCCGCCUAGUGGUUGCUUUGUGCACAUGCGUUGUUCUGUGUGCGAGGCUGGGCAGGUGCAUAUGUCCUGGUUGUUUCAGAAAUAAGAAAUAAGAGGGUCUGGGCGAGAGAUUCGAGAGGGAUUCUCAGCACUUAUAUUGCCUGUGGCUGAGGAGUUGUCGAAAUCAUAUUCAGUAUCAAUAUUGAAACAUAUUAUCCUAUGUAGCAAUUUUAUUGUAUGGCAGGAUUGACACUAAACACCCCAACAUAUUUGUAGCAUUUCAGAACUGUGUUUUAUGUGCGAUUAUAAUAGUAAAUGAUCAUUUUGCUAUGUUAAUUUCUUCCAACAUGUCUCAGAACUUUCGUUUUUAUCUUUCAAUCCUAAUUUUUCAUUUGAUUUUCUUUUCCAUAUUAUCAUGUGACAUAAAUAUGAUUCACAAGAAAAAUUCAUGUUAACGAGAGUGGAUGGGUGUAGGUAGAAAGUCCGCCCAGGAAUCCCGCAGUUAGCAGAGUUGAUGACAUGUCAGAGGGCCUGGCAGGUUUUACUGAUGUACAUUUGUCAGCACUCGCGAAGAGACAAACUGACCCAGGAUCGAGCGUACAUAAUAUAAUUCUCGUCAGGAGAUGUGAAUGUGUUCAAUGUAGCUCUUCGGCAACAUUUGAAAACCAGCUUGAACGAGAAGAGACAAAGAAAGAAAGUGAUCAAAGGUUGUGCGGACAGCAAGAUUCAAAACACUUGUAGAGGACCAAAAGUGCAUCCAAAACAUGAAGAUGAGAGAAUUCCUGCUUUGGACAGCUGUGUGCUGCCUCGUGUUGCUGCCCCUGUGUGUGGGGGGUAAGAGAGUUGUCUUCAUGCCCUCGCCCUUCACCAGCCACACCAACUACCACACGAACGUAGCGCGGACCCUCGCUCGGCAAGGUCACGAGGUGUGGUUGACCAUGCCCGACUACAUCGUCAACAGGCGGGUGUUGGACACGACUAACUUGACUGUCAUCGAGUACCAGACAUUGAUAAACUUUGAGGAGAUUAUGACGGCCGCUUUCGCCGGCAACUAUUUUAAAGGAUUGUCUGAGGAUUUUGGUGUGAUUAUGUCUAUUGGCUUACAAUUUUGUGAUACUCUUCUUACGAACGCUUCUUUCUUCCAGAAGGUUAAAGAACUGCGUCCAGAUCUUUUCGUUUUCGACAAUCUACGGUUCAUGAAAAUGAUGACGAUAAUAUCAUAUAGACUUGGGGUGCCUUUUGCCUUUCUUGGAAUAACUUUCGACCCGUGCGACCAGCGAAUCCCUAUACAGCCUUGCAACAUACCAGUUCCAUUUUUUAGCUACAACCAUCAUAUGAGUUUUCUUCAGAGAGUUUUAUCCACUGUAAUUCAUGUUUAUGUCUCUGUGGUGGACGGAUUUUCCUACAAAGACGCAGUCAGUCGCUAUGCACCAGAAAUGCCUUUCCUUACUAUAGACAUGCUUGUAGCAAGAGCUGAGAUCUGGUUGGUUGACACAGACCACAUCCUAGACUACCCGAGACCAUCGAUGCCCAAUGUCAAACUAAUAGGAGGAACAGCUACAGGUCCUGGUAAACCAUUGCCACCGCAGUUCAAAUCUUUUAUGGAUGAUGCAAAAGAAGGAGUUGUUAUCGUAUCGUUUGGUAGUUAUGUCCUCAGUCUACCAGAAGCAAUUACACAAAAAAUCAUCAGUGUGUUGCAAAAUUUACCUUUUAAAUCCAUUUUCCGUUGCAACAUUUCGUCACCGAACUCAAAGAAGAUCCUGACGUCGUCAUGGAUACCUCAGAAUGACCUGCUGGCUCACCUCAACACUCGCGUGUUUUUCAGCCAUUGUGGUAGUAACGGUCAGUACGAGGCUCUGUUCCACGCCGUGCCAGUAGUUUGUACGCCGCUCUUUCUUGACCAGUUCUACAACGCUGAGCGCAUGCGCGUAAAGGGCAUGGCAGAGACUGUCGACCUCAACACCGUCAGUACACACGAGCUGCACUCCACCAUUCUCAAAGUGGCCACCAACACGAGCUACAAGCAGGCCAUCACCAAAGCCUCGGAACUGUUUAAAAUCGAAUUCGGUGUUCCUGUGGAGAAAGCGGCCUACUGGCUUGAUCACGUGAUGAAAUAUGGCGGCCGUCACCUUCGUUCGUCAGGUCAUGAAGUUCCUUUCUUACAAUUUUCGUGCUGGGAUGUUUAUGCUUUUCUGUUAUCGUUUGUGCUACUGAUACUGCUGAUAUCAGUAUGUUUGGUCUACGUUGCAUUCAACUGCUGUUGCUCGAAAUUAAAGGCAAAAAUUGAAUAAAAGUUAGUGAACACGAUUUGAAAUAAGCAAAGUUUCCCAAAAUAUUUUGAUGCUGGCUAAAUUCACAGAAUUGAGAA